AUGAACUCUUUUGGGCAGCAGCCCGCAGAUCCACAGUCGGCCCCCCUCCAGCAUCCCAAUGCACAGGAUUUACUGGACAUGGCGGUGUACUGUGAUAACCUAAUGUACCCGCAAAACCUGCACCAUCAUCACCACCCACAGAGGCCAUCAGCUCAUCCAGCAGGCUAUGGGCUGAGCGAAUAUAGCCCCCCAGCAGCGAACCCCUACCUCUGGAUCAAUGGACCUGCCAUCAACUCGUCUCCUUAUCUCUCUGGGACUAAUGGGGCUUCUUUCAUCCCCUCAGGUUAUGGGACCAACCAGAGACAGUUCCUGGCCCCUGCAUCAGGCUUUGCAGGAGCAGAUCUCAGCUGGUUGUCUCUCUCCAGCCAGCAGGAGUUUUUUAAAAUGGUGAGGCCCCCCUACUCCUACUCGGCUCUGAUAGCUAUGGCCAUCCAAAACGCUCCGGAGAAGAAGUUGACCUUGAGUCAGAUUUACCAGUACGUGGCCGAAAACUUCCCUUUUUACAAGAAGAGCAAAGCUGGCUGGCAGAACUCCAUCAGGCACAACCUGUCCCUCAACGACUGCUUUAAGAAAGUCCCCAGGGAUGAAGACGAUCCAGGGAAAGGCAAUUACUGGACCCUAGACCCGAACUGCGAGAAAAUGUUCGACAACGGCAAUUUUCGAAGGAAGAGGAAAAGGCGAUCGGACGCUCCUGGGUCCAGCGCCCCAGGAGUGCCUGACAAAGCGGAAGACAAGAGCGGCGGUGCCUUGAAGUCUCCAAACGCCUCCAGCCUGAUGGGCCUGGGCUCCCCUGCACCGCAGAACUCUCCCGGCUCCGGGAGCGGCCCCAAAUCCUCCCCCACGCCAGCGCUCGAACGGAGCCCGUGUUUCUCCAGCUUCGCCUCCAACAUGCAGGCCCUUGUCAAUGGGAACCAUGGCUUCGCCAGGCAGCUCUCGGGAGGGCUGGCGGGCGAGUUUUCACACGGAAGGCAAGAUGUGCCUGCUCUGAGUUCGUGCUCCACUCCCAGCAGCGGCACUGUCCAGAACCCCGAACUGAGUCCGCCGGACCACUCGAGAAUGAACUACUGUGCCAGCGGCCAGCAAAGCGGGCUCAGCAUCCCCCUCAUUAACAACUUCAGCGUCAAUCAUCUGAUUUAUAGCAGGGACGGGACAGAAGUUUGA